CCUAUAUAAGAGACUCAUGUAUCCGAGUAAAUAACGUCAUUCACGGUUAGGCCAUUCUCCAAGCGAUACCUGUUCUCUCUGGACUAGACUUGUCACAAAGAUGUGGUACCUGUUGUUCCUUGCAGCAACAUCCGUUGCAGCGGAUCCUUUUGAAACGAUAGCCUCAUGGAAAAAGGUUGCGUACAAUUUUCCAAAUGACUCGUUGCGCGAGUCUUACACAGCAUCGAACAAUUACGUACAGGAAAACAUUGUUCCCCUUGGGUUAAAUGUAUGGGGUGACAAGCUCUUCAUUACAGUACCAAGAUGGAAGAAGGGAGUACCAGCUACUUUGAAUUACGUCAGCCUGAGUGAAGCCACAGCAGCCACUUCAGAGAACUCAUCACUGUUACUCAAUCCCUAUCCCGACUGGGAAUCAAACGAUGUUCGUUCACCUGACGCUAUUGUUAACAUUCUGAGGCCGAGGAUUGAUGCUUGUGAUAGAUUGUGGGCUGUUGACAGUGGAGUUGAGGAUAUGACCGGGGAAGGUACCCAGGUUCAGCCGAGAAAACUCAUUGCUAUUGAUCUGAAGACGAACGAGAUUAUUCUGAGAUACACCUUCAAAGACAGCGACGUCCAGCCAAAUAGCUUCUUCGCUGACACUGUGAUUGACGUCGACCCGCGAAAUUGUGAAGAAGCUUAUGUAUAUAAUUCCGACCUUGGAGCCAAUGGACUUGUCAUCUACAGUCUAGCCAAGAAUGACUCGUGGAGGGUUGAGCAUAAUUAUUUCCACAUGGAUCCAUUCCAUGGUGAUUACAAUGUCAGUGGAUUGACCUUCCAAUGGACAGAUGGAUUAUUUGGUAUGGCCUUAAGUGAGCCGAAAGAGGACGGCUCCAAGACCCUCUACUUCCAUCCAUUUUCUGGUAUUCAUGAAUUCUCCGUUUCAACUAGUCUAUUGAAAAAUCAAACGGCCCUGGCCAAUCCUGAUUACCGGAACGAGUUUCGUAUUGAGGGAAAUAAAGGAGCGAAAAGCCAGGGAACAUCCUCAGCUAUUGAUUCGGAGACUGGAAUUAUUUACUUCACCCAGGUCAACAAAAAUGCAGUGGCCUGUUGGGAUACUCAUGAGCAGCUCAACCCGGAUACCUUCCGCGUUGUAGCGCAGGACGAUAACGAUCUGGUAUUCCCCAACGACAUCGUCAUCGAGCCGAAAAGCAGAAAAUUCUACUGCCUCUCCGAUAAUUUGCCAGCUUUCCUCUACAGUAAUUACAAUUUCGACGAAACUAACUUUUACGUUCAUAGCGCGUCAUUGGAUGACCUCACGGCUGCAUGUCGAGCAAAAACUCAGUGCAAGGAUGAAUAGCUAUUACUUCUGGGAGUAGAGUAAUAGUCAGCGUUAAUUGUAGUUAUUUCUAGGCUGUAAGUUGGUUUAUUCGUUUUACUUUAGCUGCUUCUCUUUUUAUUGUGGAUGAUUCGAAUGUUAAUCCCAUGGUUUCCUGAACUGCACAUUCAUGAGGACUCGUUCCUCCCGUACUCUCGGGGGGAAUACGCCCGGAGUUGUAAUAAAAAAUUAUGUGAGAAAGAA